CAAGUAAUGGAGACCCAUUACAGAAGCGAGCGGAGAGACUAGAGAGCGAGCGAGAGGGGUGGGACAGCGAAGGAUGUCGGCCAUGGCGCUCUCGGAGGCGCGGCAUCGCCGGCGACCGCCCUCUUCGUGGGAUCGAGACUCCUCUUCCUCGUCUGAUCGGUACUCGAAGGAGGCGAAGGCGGAGAAGAACGACAACGAAGGAGAUCGAGGGGUGUUGAAGUGGGUCCUGCCGAUGGUGGUGCUCGGGAUGAUGAGGCACAUGAGCGCCGCUUCCAACAUCAUCCACGACUGCGACGAGGUCUUCAACUACUGGGAGCCCCUUCACUACCUGCUCUACAAAUCCGGAUUCCAGACCUGGGAGUAUAGCUCUGAAUUUGCUCUCCGGUCAUAUCUAUACCUAUUUUUUCAUGCACUAGUGGCUGGACCUGCUUCUUUAAUCUACAAUGAGGAUAAGGUUCGAGUUUUCUACGCGGUAAGACUCUUUCUUGGUCUUAUCUCAACUAUUACAGAGACAGUUCUGGUAAUUGCACUUUCAAGGAAAUAUGGGAAGAGGAUGGCUUGGUAUACACUUGCAAUGCUGUGCUUAACCAGUGGCUGCUUCUUUGCAAGUACAAGUUUUUUGCCCAGUACCUUUUCUAUGUAUGCUGUCACUCUUUCCUCGGCGCUGUUCCUACUUGAGGAAUAUGCUUUGGCAGUCUCUGUAGCGGCUGUUGGGGUGAUCAUUGGCUGGCCUUUCUCUAUUUUAGUUGUUCUCCCAGUUACGGUCUACUCAUUGAUUAGGGGAGGAUUCAAACGAGUAUUUUUAUCAGGACUUCUGACCUCCCUGAGCAUUCUUGCUCUCUCAGUAUUUGCAGACUAUUACUGCUACGGAAGAUGGACGUCCUCAGUUUUUAAUCUAUUGAAGUAUAAUGUAUUGGGAGGUGGUGAGAGCUACUUGUAUGGAACUGAAGGACUCACAUUCUAUUUGAGGAAUGGAUUUAACAAUUUCAAUUUUAGCUUUGUUCUUGCGCUACUUUUCUUGGGUAUUCUGCCAAUUGCGAGGAGGAAAUAUGCACCAGAUCUACUGAUAGUGGUCUCCCCUAUGUAUAUUUGGUUGGCAUUUAUGUCAUUGCAGCCCCACAAAGAAGAAAGGUUCCUCUAUCCAAUAUAUCCACUUAUAUGUGUUGCAGCUACAGCUGUCAUUGACAGCCUUCCUGAUCUUUUCCGUGACAAGUAUGCGAUUGAAGAUUCUGUCAUUGUUAAGAUUGCAAAAGGUCUAAGACCUGUUUUGCUUGGCCUAAUAUUAUGUGCUUCCCAUAGCCGCACUUUCUCCAUUCUGAAUGCAUACUCUGCUCCCUUGGAGAUUUAUAAGCAUUUAGGAUAUCAUGAAGAUGCUGGGACUGGCUCUGUACUAUGUGUAGGAAGUGAAUGGCAUCGCUUCCCUUCAUCUUUCUUUGUACCUUCUUAUGUGAGUGAAGUUCGAUGGAUAGAUGAUGGUUUUCGAGGGCUUCUUCCAUUUCCGUUCAAUUCUACUCUAGGAGGCACUGCAGCUGCUCCACCUUAUUUCAACAAUAAGAACAAGGCUUCUGAUGAGCAAUAUCUUCAUGAUAUUGAAGCCUGUACCUUCUUGGUAGAACUGGAUCUGAAACGCCCAUACCCUGCUCGUGGAACUGACUCGUCAAAAUGGGAGAUCCUGGCAGUUGUACAUUUUCUGGACAGGGAGCUAUCGCCUGCCAUACACAGAUCGUUCUUUAUCCCCUACCAAUGGCAACAGAAGAACGUUUUUGGCUGGUACAAAUUACUAAGGAGAAUCCACAAAACUGAUGUCGACCAAGUUUAGCGAGAGACCUGCUGUUUCAUUAUAUGGGAGGAUGAUGAGUCAUUGUGGAGCUGUCUUUGCUGCUGCUCCUUUUUUUUUAUUUUACCUUCAUGGGAUUUCAGAUCUUGUAGAUUUGGCUGUGCCUUUGUAAUCUUUUCUUGGUUCCAGCACUUUGGUUGGCAUCCUGCCUUGGCCAAAGAGAUAAUUUUGUAUGCUCUGUAUCAUCGAGUGCUGUCCUCGACUUCCAGGCGUUUUUCAUCUGCAAAUUGAUCUCUUUUCUUUCUA